AUGGCGACAACCACCGUAACGGCCACGAGCCGCAAGAAGGACGCCAACCUGCCUCCUGUCAACGAGCGCUUCCUGCGUUGCUGUGCAGAUAUCGCCAACGCCCUCAUAGAGGACUACGAAGCCUCAAGAGAUCCAAAGAAGCCCAAGAAGGACAUCAACCUCAACAGCUUGCGUGGCAGGCUGGCCAGGAAGCACAAGGUGCCCAGCCUGCCUCCGCUGACGGCCAUCAUUGCUGCCGUCCCGGAGCACUACAAGAAAUACAUAUUACCAAAGCUGGUCGCAAAGCCGAUUCGCACGUCUUCUGGCAUCGCCGUCGUGGCUGUCAUGUGCAAGCCCCAUCGAUGCCCCCAUAUCGCAUAUACUGGCAACAUCUGCGUCUACUGUCCCGGCGGCCCCGACUCCGAUUUCGAGUACAGCACACAGUCCUACACCGGAUAUGAGCCCACGUCGAUGCGCGCUAUCCGCGCGAGGUACGAUCCCUUCGAGCAGGCGAGAGGGCGAGUCGACCAGCUCAAGGCGCUGGGGCACUCGGUCGACAAGGUGGAAUACAUUAUCAUGGGUGGCACCUUCAUGUCGCUCUCGCCGUCCUACCGCGAGGAGUUCAUUUCUCAGCUGCACAAUGCGCUCAGCGGUUACCAAACAACAAACGUCGACGAGGCGGUUGAGGCCGGCGAGAUGAGCAAUAUCAAGUGCGUCGGCAUCACAAUCGAGACGCGGCCGGAUUACUGUCUCCAGCCACACCUCUCCGAUAUGCUGAGGUACGGGUGCACACGCUUGGAAGUCGGGGUUCAGUCUCUAUACGAAGAUGUCGCACGAGACUCAAAUAGAGGCCACACCGUCGCUGCGGUGGCCGAGACGUUUUGUCUCGCCAAGGAUGCCGGAUACAAGGUGGUCAGCCACAUGAUGCCGGACCUGCCAAAUGUGGGCAUGGAGAGGGACCUAGACCAGUUCAGGGAGUACUUUGAGAACCCUGCCUUCAGGACAGACGGCUUGAAGAUCUACCCGACACUGGUCAUCCGAGGCACCGGACUGUACGAACUGUGGAGGACUGGGCGGUACCAGAACUACACGCCCAACGGACUGAUCGACCUGGUCGCGCGCAUUCUGGCCCUCAUCCCGCCAUGGACGCGUAUCUACCGUGUCCAGCGCGAUAUCCCCAUGCCGCUCGUCACCUCGGGCGUCGAGAACGGCAACCUGCGCGAGCUGGCUCUCGCGCGCAUGAAGGACUUUGGCACCACGUGUCGCGACGUACGCACGCGCGAGGUGGGCGUCAACGAAGUCAAGCACAAGAUUCGGCCGAACCAGAUCGAGCUGAUCCGGCGGGACUACACCGCCAACGGCGGCUGGGAGACCUUCCUCGCCUACGAGGACCCCAAGCAGGACAUCCUCGUCGGCCUGCUGCGCCUGCGCAAGUGCACCGAGAAGUACACCUACCGCGAGGAGCUGGUCGGCCAGCCGACGAGCCUGGUGCGGGAGCUGCACGUCUACGGCACGGCGGUGCCCGUGCACGCGCGCGACCCCAAGAAGUUCCAGCACCAGGGCUUCGGGACCCUGCUGAUGGAGGAGGCGGAGCGCAUCGCGAGGGAGGAGCACGGCAGCGACAAGAUCAGCGUCAUCUCCGGGGUCGGCGUGCGGAGCUACUACCGCAAGCUCGGGUACUGGCUCGAUGGGCCCUACAUGAGCAAGUGGCUCGACGGGAGGCCUGGGCCUGAGGGCAUGUGA